CGGGUAGCUCGGUCCUCCAUUUUCCCGCGCUGUGCUCUUAUAAAAUCGAACCUUCAUCCAUCUUCCCUCCACCCCUCCGUCACCGUAGCUCUCCGCCUAGUCCGCCAUGGAUAUCAGCGUGUUCGCCGUCUUCUUCUCUUCUCUAGUGCUCACAACUUCGAUUCCGCCGUCUCCGACUCCGCCGGAAAGCUGCUCCGAUCAAUUGGUCCUGUUCUCGCCGUGUCUGCCGUACAUUUCCUCUUUUCCGAACAACGGCACCGACUCACCUAGGCCGCAGUGCUGCGAUGAAAUCGCUUCUUCGAUCAGAUCCGGUGGAGCAGUCUGCCUCUGCUACCUCACAAAAAAGCCUCAGAUCCUCGGAUUCCCGGUGAACUCCACCAGAGUGUACUCUCUCCCUUCUGUUUGUCGGAUUAGAAAGGAAGAAGGCCGUGCGAAAUUCUCCCUCAAGCAUCUCUGUUCAGGAAACACAACUAGCUUGCCUCCAUUGAAGAGCAUAACAGGUCCAGGGAGUUCAACCCCACAAAUUCCUGGCCGGGAUAAUAUGGCACCACCACCACCACCUACACCAUCACCACCACCUCCUAGUAAUCCUCCUCCACAGAGACCUGAAGAUGACUCAUCUGUUCCACCUGCUGGUAAGGCGAAACCUUCCGCCAUAACAACACCACCGCCUAUUCCACCUGCUGUUGAUGCUGAAUCUCCCGCCAUGACACGAAGUGCAUCUGAUGCAGUAAGAAUCUACAGCUAUACUCUCUGCCUAGCAAUCACAAUUUCGCUCGUCUAUAUAUUCGUAUAGUUUACUGAGAAUUUAGUCCCGAAUAAUAGCAUCACUUUGCUCGUGUUUGUUGCAUAUCGUUAGAUGUCUAAAUAGACCAAUAUUUCCAUAGCAUCUUCCUCUGAAAAUAUUACUUGAUGCACAAUCUUUUAUAAAUCAACUUUUUGAUCUUGCCACCACAUUUGCAACAAUAGUUAGAUGGAAUUACCUGUAAUUCUGGCAAUAGUUUGACAAUUCUUUUGCCAGGGAAGAUCCCCAAAGUUGCAUAAAUGGGAUAAUAGGUU